AUGGAGAAGGAUAUUCAUACAGCAGCGGACUCUGCGUCCACCUCAGCAAAAGAAGAUAUCAUGCACAUCGAAGACACAAACAUGACGAAGAAUGAGAAAAUCGCCGCUAUUGAUGCUAUAGCGGAAGAUCCUUCUGUGACACUGGAAAGCUUCGCACACCUUGAUAUCAACAAGAUAUUGAGGAAGAUUGACAUGAGACUGGUUCCCAUGUUGACUGUUUUGGUAAGCGCUGAGUUUGUCCGAGCAGCGCUGAUGCAGAGAGAAGAGUUGCUGAUGCCUGGGCAGUAUCUUCUGAGUUUCCUGGAUAGAGGCAAUAUCGGCAAUGCGAAGAUCGAAGGUCUAGCUGAAGAUUUGCAUCUCACGGGUGCAGAGUACAACUGGUGUCUAACUGCUUUCUUCUUUACAUAUUGCGCUUUCGAGGUUCCGAGUAACAUGUUGUUAAAGAAGCUGAGGCCUUCGAUUUGGCUGCCGUCCAUCAUGGUGGCUUGGGGCAUUGUCAUGACCCUAAUGGGCCUGGUGAAAGAUUUCAAUGGCUUGCUCAUUGCGAGAAUCUUCCUGGGUGUGACUGAAGCUGACAACACGAUGUGGUACUGCAGAUACGAAGUUCAGAUCGAUCGCUCUGACAAGAAGUUCCUAUUUGCCGCCUUCAAAGACUGGCAAAUCUGGGUCAACGUUGUCGUGUAUUGGGGAUAUGUUUGUCCGUUGUAUGGCAUCUCGCUGUUCCUGCCGACAAUCAUCAAAGAGCUGGGCUACAAGACGACAACAGCACAGCUGCUGACAGUGCCCAUCUAUGUCGUCGCAUCUGCGAUCACGAUUGCAGUAGCAUAUGCAGCUGAUCGGAAACGGCUUCGCUCACCUUGGAUCCUCGUUGGGUUGUGUUUCCAGGCUGUUGGCUUUAUUAUGUGCAUUGCGACCAGCCAUCCAGGAGUCACAUAUGCCGGUAUUUUCAUCGCAGCGUGUGCGUUAUAUAUCCUUGGCCACGGUCUCGAGAUCGGCUUUAUCUGUAUGGGUACUGUGGCCCUCCUCAUCCAGGUUUACGGCUACCGUCGGAUCAACAAGCAGAGAGAGAUUGCGCUGGCGGAAGGAAAGGCUGAGAAUUAUACCCCCGAGGAGCUGGGAGAACUGGGAGACAAAGCAGUGACGUUCAGAUACACUCUUUAG